CUGUCGUUAACCUCGGCCGCCGCAUCCCCGAGGGAGUCCUGUGGGCGCCACCCUGGCCUCCGAGCCCGCCGCUCGUCCCCGAAGCUCCUGUGUGCGCCUUCGAUCUCGCUAGCCGCCCGCCCUUCGCCUCGCGGACCGUGUUUUCUGCAUCAUGUGCGGCAUAUUUGCUUACUUAAACUACCAUGUUCCUCGCACAAGACGAGAAAUCUUGGAGACCCUUAUCAAAGGCCUUCAGAGACUGGAGUACAGAGGAUAUGAUUCUGCUGGUGUGGGAGUUGAUGGAGGCAAUGACAAAGAUUGGGAAGCCAAUGCCUGCAAAAUUCAGCUCAUUAAGAAGAAAGGAAAAGUCAAGGCACUGGAUGAAGAAGUUCACAAACAACAGGAUAUGGAUUUGGAUAUAGAAUUUGAUGUACACCUUGGAAUAGCUCAUACCCGUUGGGCAACACAUGGAGAACCCAAUCCUGUCAAUAGCCACCCCCAGCGUUCUGAUAAAAAUAAUGAAUUUAUUGUUAUUCACAAUGGAAUCAUCACCAACUACAAAGACUUGAAAAAGUUUUUGGAAAGCAAAGGCUAUGACUUUGAAUCUGAAACAGACACAGAGACAAUUGCUAAGCUUGUUAAGUAUAUGUAUGACAAUCGGGAAAGUCAAGAUACCAGUUUUACUACCUUGGUGGAGAGAGUUAUCCAACAAUUGGAAGGUGCUUUUGCUCUCGUAUUUAAAAGUGUUCAUUUUCCCGGACAAGCAGUUGGCACGAGGCGAGGUAGCCCUCUGUUGAUUGGUGUACGGAGUGAGCAUAAACUUUCUACUGAUCACAUUCCAAUACUCUACAGAACAGCUAGGACUCAGAUUGGAUCAAAAUUCACGUGGUGGGGAUCACAGGGAGAAAGAGGCAAAGACAAGAAAGGAAGCUGCAAUCUCUCUCGUGUGGACAGCACAACUUGCCUUUUCCCUGUUGAAGAAAAAGCUGUGGAGUAUUACUUUGCUUCUGAUGCAAGUGCUGUCAUAGAACACACCAAUCGCGUCAUCUUUCUUGAAGAUGAUGAUGUAGCAGCAGUGGUGGAUGGCCGUCUUUCUAUCCAUCGAAUUAAACGAACUGCCGGAGAUCACCCUGGACGAGCUGUGCAAACCCUCCAGAUGGAACUUCAACAGAUCAUGAAGGGCAACUUCAGUUCAUUUAUGCAGAAGGAAAUUUUUGAGCAGCCAGAGUCUGUUGUGAACACAAUGAGAGGAAGAGUCAACUUUGAUGACUAUACUGUGAAUUUGGGUGGUUUGAAGGAUCACAUUAAAGAGAUCCAGAGGUGUCGGCGUUUGAUUCUUAUUGCUUGUGGAACAAGUUACCAUGCUGGUGUAGCAACACGUCAAGUUCUUGAGGAGUUGACUGAGUUGCCUGUGAUGGUGGAACUAGCCAGUGACUUCUUGGAUAGAAACACGCCAGUCUUUCGAGAUGAUGUUUGCUUUUUCCUUAGUCAAUCAGGUGAGACAGCAGAUACCCUGAUGGGUCUUCGGUACUGUAAGGAGAGAGGUGCUUUAACUGUGGGGAUCACAAAUACAGUUGGCAGUUCCAUAUCAAGGGAGACAGAUUGUGGUGUUCACAUUAAUGCUGGUCCUGAGAUUGGUGUGGCCAGUACAAAGGCUUACACCAGCCAGUUUGUGUCCCUUGUGAUGUUUGCCCUUAUGAUGUGUGAUGACAGGAUCUCCAUGCAAGAGAGACGCAAAGAGAUCAUGCUUGGGUUGAAACGGCUGCCUGAUUUGAUUAAGGAAGUACUGAGCAUGGAUGAUGAAAUUCAGAAAUUGGCAACAGAACUUUAUCAUCAGAAGUCAGUCCUGAUCAUGGGACGAGGUUAUCAUUAUGCUACUUGUCUUGAAGGGGCACUGAAAAUCAAAGAAAUUACUUACAUGCACUCUGAAGGUAUUCUUGCUGGUGAAUUGAAACAUGGUCCUCUGGCUUUGGUGGAUAAGUUGAUGCCUGUCAUUAUGAUCAUCAUGAGAGAUCACACUUACACCAAGUGUCAGAAUGCUCUGCAGCAGGUGGUGGCUCGGCAGGGACGCCCUGUGGUGAUUUGUGAUAAGGAGGAUACUGAAACCAUUAAGAACACAAAAAGAACGAUCAAGGUGCCCCACUCAGUAGACUGUUUGCAGGGCAUUCUCAGCGUGAUCCCCUUACAGUUGCUGGCCUUCCACCUUGCUGUACUGAGAGGCUAUGAUGUGGAUUUCCCACGGAAUCUUGCCAAAUCCGUAACUGUAGAGUAAAGAGCAUCUGAAACUCUGGGCGACUGAGCAACACUAGACACCUUUUGUAUUUAAGACCUUGAUUUAAAAUAUCACCCCUUGAAGACUUUUUUAGUAAAUCCUUAUUUAUAUGUCAGUUAUAAUUAUUCCACUCAAUUUGUGAUUUUUGUGAAAUUACCUCUUAUAUUUUUCCAGUAAUUUGUGGGGGAGUUAGAAUAAUGACAUCUAUAUUGGAAUCUGUAUCAGAAAGAUUUUAGCUGUUGUUUGCUUUCAAUAAUGCUGAGUAUUGAAUUUCUGGGCCCUCCAUAUCAAUCUGAGAAGAUUGUUUGUUUUUAAAAUAACUGGCAUUUGUUUUACCAUGCUUCUGUUCAUUCAGACCAAUGAAAGAGUACUGCAUUUAGUUGGAAUAUCUAAAGCCCGUGGCAAUGGAUGCUAAUACUUGGAUGUUUAAUGAAGGUUUUGCUUAAGUUAUAUAUAAAGAGAAGAUGCUGUGAUUUAUUUUGAAACUUGUUUAUGCUUUGUUUUUAGAUCAAACUUGUUAAAUGUAAAAACUGAAAACUUUUCUGGGUGGGAUUUAUAUCUUAGUUUGAUUAUCCUUAUUUCUCAGACUUGUUGCCUGUUAUCUGUAGGGGGAGGUAAUUGAGGAAGCAAAAUAUUAGUGCAUUGGUGUUCUCCAACCCUUAACAGAACAUAUUUGCAUAAUUUUAUAGCACAGACUUUAAAUUUGAGCUGCUUUGAACAACUGACAAUGUGAUUUUAAAUUUGAAGAUGGGAUGUGUACAUAUUGGGUGUCCUCUUCUUGUUUUUUCAUCUCCUAAAAGUGGUUUUUAUUUCCUUGUAUCUGUAGUCUUCUAUUCUUUAAGUGACUGCUGAAUGAAACAUUUUAUCUUGUUCUUUGAAAUUGCAACACAGAGCUGCUAUCAAAUGUUUCAAAUUAAGUCAAUAUUAAUAUAUUCAUUAUUCUUUUCAAGUUUGUCCCAAGGAAGAAUUUCCUGCAGUUAAUUUUAACUUUCCUUUACUGCCUCGUUGGAUAAAAUUAGUCCCUUAGUGCCAGUUUGGAAGUUCUUUGCAAUUGUUCGGAAGAUUUGCCAGUCUUUGACUAAUCUUUUGACUCUAAAUGUGUAUGGUAGCUAAAUGUGUGAUAGGCAUCAAAUUUAGUAUUACUUCUUAAGUAUUUUUUCUCUCUGUAUUUGCUGUGCUCUACCCCUGAAAUAUAUUUAGGAAUGAAGAAGAUAAAAAUAAAGUGAUAAUUGAGGUGCCUUCAGCUGGUUAGUGUCAGAAAUGGAAGUUGAUGAUUUGGAUUAAAGUAUUUAAAGUAGAGUACUAGUUUGACACCUCAAAAAUUGUGAGUUAUAAUUCCCUCAUGGAGCUUUUGGGGCCAGAUCUUGGGGGCUAGGAGAGUGUGUUUAUGUUUUGGUUAAGUCCUUCUCUUUCAAAAGUUUUCACUUUUAGAUUGUGAAGGUGAGGUAUUUAUUUAGCACAAUUAUUUAAGUUCAGUCUUUUGUUUGUUUGUUUGUUUGUUUGAACUUCUUGAUGAAGUUAGAUUUUCUAAUAGCUAUUAUUGCUGCAAGAGAAGCAUAGAAUUCUGCUUGUGUGUUAGGGUUAGAGAAAGAAUUGGUAUAUUUUAAGAUAAUUUGAAAGGACUCUCAUAGACCUGAUUGUUUUUAAAAAUGAAGUAGGGUCACUACUUACAUCACAUAUAUAGCUACGAUAGCUAUAUGUAUCUACCUUAAUUGUUUCUAAGAUUAUUUUGUGUAAACUUGCUAGUUUUAACUAGUAUGUAUAUAGUGUCAUUUCCUAUGUUUGGCAUAUUUGCAUUUUACAAACACGAUUUGUAUGGGUUUGUAGCAUUUCUUAAUGUCUAACGUUUGAUUCACCAUUCUAAGUUAAAAUUAAUAUGUGAACUCAGUUAUUAGUUUGCAUAAUCUCUGUCUCCCUCUGUGUGUCUCUCUCUAAAACACACACAUUCUCACUGUCUCACACUGCAAGCUAGGAUAAGUUUUAAACUGAAUAUUAAAAGCCAAAAUUAAGAACGAAGAAGUGAUAUUUUCCAAACAAACAUAGUUUUUUCUCCGUCUCCCUUCUUCUUGCUCUCUACCCCAUCUGAUAUGAUGGCUUUUAAAUGCUUUUAUAAAUUAAUUCUUAACACAAAAAAGAUAUUGUAAGUAAGCAAGCAUGCUAAGUAAUGAGCAUGCCCAAUUAAAAUCAAUAUAAUACAGGAUAAGAAAAUCUGAUUUUUUAAAAGAGAUGUUCUCCAAAAGGAGCCCUUUAUAUAAAAAGUUCUUUCUUGUAGUACAUUUAAGGUUUGAACUCACUCAUAUAUAACUUAGAGUUCCUUAUCCCAUAAAUCCUUUAUGAGCAGGGGGACGUGUAGCAUCUAACACGUCUUAGUAAAUGAUUGUGACCUUGGAGUCAGUUUUUCUAUCUUAAGAUCAUUUAUGCCAUAAGAAUAAAAGAUAAGAGAAAAAUUAAAGUUAACUUUUUAGUUUGUUAUGACUAUGUCAGCAAGUGUUUAUUAAUACCUGUCAUGGGCAAGUCACUAUGCUAGGCACUGCAAAUUAGAACAGUGUUCUAAUCUUCUUUAGAACAAUGUCUGUUUGUUCCUGGAUGGACUCAUCACUAGUGAAGACUAGGUUCAUUGGAAGGCACAGGGUGAGAGAGUGGAAGGAUGGAAUUGAGCUGAGUUGUUAAAUGCUGUGAGUGGAUUUGUUUACUUAAAGGCCCAGUUAUGAACAUGAACCCCAAUUUUGCGGUGUAACAUGUUCAUAAGAAGUGAAAUAUGUUGGUAAAGUAAGCUGUUGUCACAGGCAGUAAAUGAUCCAAAGGUCUAUAAUAGUAGUCAUUAAUAUGCACAGAUGAAAAAGAAUCAAGCAUUACUACUACUAAAAGAGAACUGACGUAUGGAGAUGUGCAGAUGGGGCUAUUGGUUGGAGACCUAAUGCAGGUUUUCUCUCUUAGGUUUCUUAGAAGGUUAUUUCUGAGAUAAUAUUGUCUUAUCCUUUUGAAUGCAGGUCUCUUGUCUUGAGUUAGUUCUGAGGAUGGGAGGAAAGGAGCUUUUUUUGGCUCCUUGGUAACAUUCCUCUGACAUUUCUAUUACUCUUCAAAGAAAGAAACCAACCAAAAUAUUUGCUUUAAUAAACACAUUUUAAGAAGUCCUUCGGGGUCAGUUUUUUCUGUAAUUUUUUUUUUUUAAAUUAGGACAUCCUAUAGCAAUAAAAGAGAAAAACUAAUUUUAACUGUUUAUUGUAUGCUAUAACUUACGUGAUCUUUCUAAAAAAGCACGUCAUUGAAAAGUAAUUUAUUGAAAAAGAAUUUAUAGCUCACAUUGAAUUUGUGAAGGCCAAAGAAAUUGAAGAGACUGGUAAAGGUAUUUUAGUUUUAUGAUAUCCACAUAUUUAGUAAAUUUUGUGUACAAAAAUACCAGGCCAAGUGCUUUACCCAUUGGAAACAUAUUUCAAAUUACUUUGUUUUUGCUGUUAGAGUCUCAAGUUUAGAAGUUUAACACUUAAAUCAGUUUUUUCGCACUAUAUUUAGAGAUUGUUAAUAUUUCAGUAUCUGCAUAGCUUGAUGAAUUUAAACAUAUCUUCAUAUCUGUGACAGUGACAACCAGUAAGACUGAUAACAUUAGCUUCAAACCAGUAGUAUCCAGGGUUAAAAUAAAAAUCAUAGUUAAAUAACAAGAAGAUUGUACAGUUGUGCCAUUAUUAACUUGUAAGUCUGUAAUAGGUUGAUAUCAAAAUGUUAUAUAAUAUACCAUAAAUGACUGAGAACAUUUUAGGAAAUUACCAAAUUACCUUUCUUACUAUACUAGUUUUUAGAAUGACUAUAGAAAUGACCCUGUUAGCUUUUUGAAUGUUCAGUGGUUGAAUGUGUUUUUGCUUAAAUAAAACAUUUAGUGUUUGUAUAAAUUAUACUUUUUGUGAGAUGCAAAUUUUAGAAUCAUCCUUGCUUUGUUUUGGAUUUUUGUUCUUUGAAGUGAAUGUUUAGUUUACUGAGCCGGAUUGGUCAUUUCUUCCUCAUGUCUUGUUAAGUCCAGUGAUUCUAAGCUUGAACUAUGAAUAAAUUACCAAAAACUUGCUGAGAAUUUAAUUUUGAAGCAAUUUGCCAACAUAUGAACCUUAUACAUGUGUGUAGUUGUGUUAAAAAUUGUAUUGUACUAAGAAUGUAGCCCAGUGUUUACUUAGUUGUUAGUAAACAUUUCUGAUGCCAAAAA